AUGGCUGUGCAAGGAGGAUCUUUGACGCCGUUCACCAUCCAGGAUAUUCUUACCCGGGGCAACGACACGAGGCUGGGUCGGAACCAGCACCAGGAGCGAGUGAAAGUCGAGCCGCGGAGCCUGAAUUCGCAGCGCGAGCAGGACAGGGAGAAACGGACUCCUCUGAUUGUUAUCCGGGUCGAUCAGAAACAGAGCGGCGCGGUAACGGGUGGCCCGGGAGAAAGCGAGAGUGAGCAGCCGCAGGCCGAUGCGCUGAGUGGCGAGGAACAACCCGGGGAGAAGGGGAGCGGGCGGCUGUUCGUGGAGACUUUCAACGAGGAAUCCAACGAAGGAAAUAACUGGGAAAAUAACUCCGAAAAGUUUGAUAAAGAUCCGGAUCGCCAGACAGCGACAGAUGACGACGAAAAGUCGGAGAGACUUCUACCGUCCGACCAGCCCGGUAAAUCCGGUAAGAAACGCUCCCGGGCCGCAUUCUCUCACGCUCAAGUCUUCGAGCUGGAGAGGAGAUUCAAUCACCAGAGAUAUCUGUCGGGCCCUGAGCGAGCGGAUCUGGCAGCCGCCCUCAAACUCACAGAGACGCAGGUUAAAAUCUGGUUCCAGAAUAGAAGAUACAAAACGAAGAAGAGGCAAAUGGCCGCGGAGUUGGUGGUUAAUUCGGUGCCCGCUGCGGCCAAGAAAGUAGCCGUCAGGGUGUUGGUCCGUGACGAUCAAAGACAAUACAGCCCCGACGAAUUAGGAAAUCCGCACUUACUCUCGCUGUAUCAGGCCUAUCAAUAUUAUCCCUACAUGUACUGUCUCCCCGCUUGGCCUCCGUCCGUUAUCCCUCUCUGCGGAGGAACGCAUUGAAAGGACAAAGGGCGUGGGUGAGGGAUGGAGGAGAAAGGGUGAAAAAAAACUAACAGGGAGCUUAAAAAUAUUUUAAAACUAUAAAAUGGACCGUACACAAUUCCUCCAGUAAAAUGUUUUGCAGUCGCCUGCAGAUACCAAUGAGUCGUCGGAUCGGCCUUGCGUUUAACACACAGGAAGCUUGUUCUUUUAAUAAACUCCUUGAGACAAAGAAGCGAGGUCAGACUGAAUGA